CUAAUUUCCCCCAACCCCGUCGCGCAUCCACCAUGGCGUCCACUGACCCCGCCGCCAAAGACGCCACCGUCGACCCUACCUCGGCCGGCGCAGAAGACCCCCAGUUCUCCCCCGAGGAAGAAGCCUCCCUUCUCGCGGCAACCAACUCCCAAAAAACCAGCGCCAACGCCCUCUUCACCUCAGCCGCCUACUCCGAGGCCAUCCAAGCCUACGACAAAGCCCUCGCCUCCUGCCCCUCGUACCUGGACUACGAGAUCGCGGUCCUGCGCGCCAACAUCGCCGCCUGCCACCUCAAGCUCAGCGAGUGGAAAGAGGCCGUCGACGCCGCCUCGCUCGCGAUCGAGCACCUCGACCGCGUGGACCCGCCGCCGGCAGAACCAGAGCCAGAGCCCGAAGCCGCAGCCAAGGCCCCAGACGCGCAAACCACAGCCAGUAGCAGCAGCACCGCCGAAAACAACAACAGCAGCGGAGCACAAGUCGCGGAAAUCGACGACGCCACCGCCGCGCGCAUCGCCGCGCUCCAGCGCACCGGCCGCAGCACCCACGACGUGCGCAAGCUGCGCACGAAAGCGUUGCUGCGGCGGGCGAAAGCGCGGACGCCGCCCGCAGCGGGGUGGGCAGACCUGCAGGCGGCGCAGGACGACUACGCGCGGCUGUCGCGGUCGCAGGACCUCACGCCGCUGGACCGGCGGACCGUGGAUGCCGCGCUGCGCGAGUUGCCGCCGCGCGUGGCGCAGGCGAGGCAGACGGAGCUGGCGGAUAUGAUGGGCAAGUUGAAGACGCUCGGGAAUGGCAUACUGAGCCCUUUUGGGCUGAGUACGGAUAAUUUCCAGUUUGUUAAGGAUGAGAAGAGUGGGGGGUAUAGUAUGCAGUUUAAUAAGUAGGUAGGGUUGGGAGUGGGAUGAAUUGCUGGCUGGCGCACUCAUCGCGGAAGAAAAUGCUAUCGUACACCUCAAUAAAGCUUUAAAGCUACAAAAUUAGAGAUCCUACAAUACGUACACACAACGUAGACAGCACAGCACAGUACGCGCCACUCGCACAAACAGCGCCACAACAAAUAGGUACUUCAUCUACUAUACCCCUCCUAUUGCACAAUAUGAGCAUCCGCAUGGCCCGCUCCCGGUCCCAGCUAUCACCGCCACAGACCCUACUUGCGUGCCAGACACCUACUUACCUACUUCCACCACCACUACAACAACAGCGUCUAAACCGCUGGCCAGGUAAGCAACCAGCAGCGCUCCCCUCCC